AUGUCUGGCAGCAUGCACAAAGCGGACGGAAGUCCUGCUGCUCCUCCGUUCAAUCCCGUGGGCCCGAAGGUGUAUUGCAAUCAACAGCGAGGUCUCGUUCGAGAGAAGAUCAACCUACAGUUCAUUGAGAAGUGCGAUCGACAGAUUGAGAAGUGCGAUCGACAGCGGCCAGCUCGUCCGCUUGGAUUUCCGACCAUGGAAAGCAUCUCUAUAAAUACUCAGAAUGAUCUGCUCAGCACAGCUUCAACGCUUAUGCGCCUCGGUGAUUUUUCGAACGGCAGACCGGAUUUCGGUAUUGGAGAGCUAGUUGAUGAGUUCGCCUCCCUGGCUACAUAUACUCCGCCUCUGACGCCAGCAUCGACGUCUAGUUCAUCGGAUGUCCCGAACGAGAAUUCUAUUGGAAUCACGUCCAUCUCCAGCGAUUCAUCGGCUUCUACUGACAGCUUCCCAAAAACAUUCGCUGCACCGCUUCUGAAUUCUCUUGGCGAUCCUUUACCACCAGCGUUGUCCAACAGUCUUCCCGUGUUUAGCAAUGGCAAUACAAACAUUGUCGGGGUCGUUGAGCUCUCGUCCUCUCCUCCGGCACCAUUGCUUAGCAACAACGAGGGGAAUCAUUUGAAUCCGGCAUCAGGAUGCGGCAGCUUCACUGUGACAGAACCGCCUGUGGCAAAUACCAACGACGAUUCAGCUGCCACCGAUUCUUCGGCUAAUCCUCCGCGUGCGGUUCGGCGUUUUCAGUAUUGGUGUCGCGUAUUACAAACGAGGCGUCGCAAUCAGAUGUGUCGUUUCUGCUAUGAGAGAUAUGUGCAUAUGUGCCUUGACUCUCGUCAGCCAGUUCCGGCUACUUUCGAUCGUGGAAUGUGGCAUGGGCACAAUAUGAAAGAGCGUGGAAUGGUGACGUGA